AUGGAGCCCAGGUUAAGCGAGGGUUACCUCCUCACCCAGUUCGACCGCCUGGUUGAGCAGGGUAUGGUGGUCUAUGACCGCAGCUAUCGCACCGUGGUGCGCUCAGACAAGGGGCUCUCAUUUGAGUUUCGGAUCCUCAACGGCAUUGCCGCCAAGCCCCAGGUUUCUCAGGAUCCGACGGAGCACCCAUCGUCGCGGCCAUCCGGCUGUCGACCGGGAGGCGACAUCACCGUCUCCGGCUACGAGAUCGCCACCAUCAGCACCACCCACCUCCUCACCGCAAACAAGUUCCCCUCGGCGAGGCCGCACUACCUGAUCCUCACCCGGGACGGAUUCCGGCGGCAGCAUGAGCCCCUGGACAUUCACGACCUGGCUGCGGCGCGGCACGUCAUCUCCUCCCUCCUCCCUCGCCGCCACCUCGUCAUCUUCAACUGCGGCAUCGACGGCGGGUGCAGCCGCAUGCACAAACACAUGCAGGUCUUCCCCGCCCCCGACGACUUCACCCUCUGGCCCGAUGCGGCCGCAGAGCCAGAGCUGCCCUUCCGCUUCUUCAUGCGCCGCUUCCGGAACGGGCUGCCCCCGCCUGACGAUUUGUUGCGUACCUACCGCACACUGCUCCGCCGCGCAGAGAGAGCCGUCGGCCACGCGGCGCUAGAGGGGGAGGCGGCGGUGCCCCAUAACGUGAUGGCGGACCGGAACUGGUUGGUGGUGGUGCCGAGACGGUCGGCCGGCUGGGACGGGCUGAGCACCAACGCGGCCGGCAUGCUGGGCAUGGUUUGGAUAUCGAGCGAAGACAAGCUCAAAGCCUGGCUGGACCGGGGCCCUGCCACCGUCCUGGCUCGGCUCGGCGUGCCUGCGGAUGUAGAUUGUGAAAGCACGGGUCGACUCUCUUAG